AUGUGUACCUGCACCAUUCGCUUUAUUAGGACAGAAAUGACCUCGACUGAGGGAAACACUCAGACUUAUAAGAUGACAUCUUUCGACCCUGAAAUAAACCAACACUUUCAGGAUGCAAUAGAUGUAAUUCAGCAGCAUUCACACAAUGCAUACUACGAUUCAGACUGCAAAUAUUACGAGACACUGGGCAGCCAGCCGUCAUCUCUCCAGUUUCAGAUGUCCUGCUGCUUUGUCACACACCAGUCUGACAUCUCGGCUGCAGGGUAUGACUGGAGUGAAACAACUCAGCAAACCUGGCCUCAGGUAAUCCCUGAUGUCUCGUUGAGCCACUCAGCGCAGAAUGACACACCACAUUUCUACUCCAUCUUACCCCCUCAGAGGAACAACAAAGGACGUAAGAAGCUCAGGCUGUAUGAGUACCUCCAUGAAGCCUUGAAUGACCCCAGCAUGGGCGACUCGAUACAGUGGACUGACAGCGGCAGCGGCACCUUCCACUUUAUCUCCAAGAACAAGGAAAAGCUGGCAGAGUGCUGGGGCCAGCGCAAGGGAAACCGCAAGACCAUGACCUACCAGAAGAUGGCAAGAGCCCUCAGGAACUACAGCCGCACCGGCGAGAUUGUCAAAGUGCGCCGCAAGCUCACCUACCAGUUCAACCCGGACAUCCUGCACAGGCUUGGUUCUGCGCAGAUACCCAUGCACCUGCAGCGCCAACCUGCGCAGGAUGAAGUCCACAAUCGGCAAGAAAGCCCGUCUGAGCAGAGCUACCCUGGGUCUGGGGCAACGGACUGGCAUGGCUGGUACGGACACUAUCAGCUUCAGGAAGACUACGACCUGGCCUCGAGCUUCAUCUCACACAGCUCGGCCAAAGUGUGAGCUGAGAGGCAGGAAAUCCCACGAAUUAAAAAGGGGUAAAGGGAUUCUUAAAGACUCUUGUCUGCAUGUUGCUACUAAAUACACUGUAAAUGAUCAGUUAAAGCGUGGUUCAAUUAUUUCAGCCAUUUGUGUAAAUAUUUUGUAAAUAUGAUCAAAAAGUAUGUUUCAAUUUAAGUAAAAGUUGACUUUGCUUUAUGGAAGCUGUUCUCUGGUUAAUAUGUGUCCAUAUUUUGUCAGUAUGUCAUUUUUUUCAGUCUACAUCAUUUGAAAGUGUUUGUUAUUUCAGCUAUUUUGGUUCUAUAUGAAGAAACAUUUUAAUUGUCUAUAUAAUUAUCCUGUUAUUUCUCUGAUAACUAUUUUGAUAAAUCAACAAACUGUUAAACUGUUUAUUAUAUUGGACAUUAUGUUUAAUUUCACAGUUAUACUGAUUUCACAGUGGAAGACGUUACUUUUUAUGUAAGUUAUUGAGCACUGGAAAGCGUGCAUUGUGUUAUUAAUGAGUUGACCUUUUUAAAUUUUUAAUCUAAUUUGAUAUAAUUAAAAUUUUGCUAAUUUUAUUUCAUGUUGAAAGCUUUUUUAAAUUACAAUUAAAUAUGUUUGCAAAUUUUGACAAAUUCAGCCCAAAAUAUAUAAAUGUGAGGCUGAAUAUAUUACAAUUAUGCAUUAAGGACAACUUAAUAGGUUUAUAUAGAAGCUGAUUUAUUUGUAAAAACAAUCUAACAGUUUACAAUUGCAUGUUUUUGUCUCAAUAAACAUGUAUUCACAGUGUAUACAUUUGUUAAUUAAUAAAUGUUUUACAUUUGCAUAACACUG